CGGUUCCCUCCUGUGCGUUCACUGGUCGCGGGUCCCACACGGACAGCUGAGCUCCCCCCUGGCGAUGAUAUCCUACUCUGUUAUCUGGGCCUUUCGAAGCAGUGUGCGGUGCUGGCGACACCGGGCUAUUCUCAAAGCGGCUCUGGAGGCCUCGGACAUCAGCGGCCGGCGCUGGUACUCUUCCACGAUUCGCGUCGGUGUCACGGGCAUGGAGGAGAUACUGGCGAGGGUCGUCGCACCUUUACCCACAUACGAAACGAGAGACAAAUCCCCUCCUCCCCCUGAAUCAAACAGCUUGGAGUUCAUGCACUUCUACAGAAGUCUCGACAAGGAAGACAGACUCUGUGUCCUGACGAAGCUGUCACAAGACUUCGGAGUAGACCACAAAAGCGUUUCAGAGCUAGCUGUGAGGCUGCUUGACACUCAGCUACGGGACUUGGCGACCAUUUUGCAGGUUGAAGACAGGCUUCGGUACAGUUUGACUCCCCGUUAUAAACAGUUGCUUAAUCAUAUCAGCAGGGUCGAGGGUGGAGUGAAGUUUCUGGUGGAUCUCCGAGCUGACGUGCUUGAAAUAAUCUCAUCCAAAGCUAGCGAGAGCCCGCACAUUAAGGACCUGAACGGCACGCUGAAGAGCUUGCUGUCUGAGUGGUUCUCUGUAGGUCUGCUCCGACUGGAGAGAAUCACCUGGCAGUCCCCCUGCGAGAUCCUGCAGAAGAUCAGCCAGUAUGAGGCGGUGCAUCCUGUAAGGAACUGGACUGACCUGAAGCGCAGAGUGGGGCCAUACCGUCGUUGUUACGCCUUCACCCAUGCCGCCAUGCCAGGAGAGCCCCUGGUUGUGCUACAUGUGGCCCUCACUGAAGACAUUUCUGAUAACAUUCAGAGUAUCGUCCGUGAGUUCGGCACGCUGGACUCUGAGGAGGACGUUAAUAAGAUAAAUGCGGCCGUAUUCUACUCCAUCUCCUCCACCCAGGCUGGCCUACAGGGGGUGGAGCUGGGCAACUACCUCAUCAAGAGGGUGGUGCGAGAACUGCAGAGCGAGUUCCCUCACAUCGCCCAGUUCUCCAGCCUUUCACCCAUCCCAGGCUUCUCCUCCUGGCUCCAGGGCCUCCUCAACCAGUACAGAAAGGAAGGCCGAGGCUCUGACCUCCUCUCUGAGCAGGAGUGGAAGGAGGUGGAGCAGGCCACGGACUCAUCCCCGGGGACCCCGGCUGUAGACGCCCUCCGCAAGCUGAUCAGCACCAGCGAGUGGCUGCGCUCAGAGAGGCUGUCCCGUGUCCUGGAGCCCGUCCUGAUGCGUCUCUGUGCCUGGUACCUCUAUGGGGAGAAAAGGAGAGGUUAUGCUCUCAACCCAGUGGCCAACUUCCACCUGCAAAACGGCGCCACCAUGUGGCGACUCAACUGGCACGCCGACACCAGCCCCAGGGGCGUGGCGAACUCCUGCGGCAUCAUGGUGAACUAUCGUUACUUCCUGAACGAGACGUCUAAAAACAGCGCUCUGUACCUGCAGAAUAAGGUCAUCAUGGCGUCUGAGCAGGUGCUGGGACUGGUGUCCCAAUUUCAGAAGAACAGCAAACUGUGAAAAAAAAAAAAUAACAAUGAGAGAGAAAUACUUACUUCUUUUCAUCUGAAGAUUAGAUUGCACUUGAUAUCACAAAUGUAUU